UACCCAAUUGCUAGUUAUAAUGAAAAUUCUAUUGGCGAGGAAGAAGAAAGAAGUUGGCGUGGGUAUUGGAAUGGGAAUGGGGAUGGGCAUCGGUAUUGGUAUCGGUAUCGCUAUUGGGACCUCCCAAUGAAGGAAAAGGGAAAGCGAGACCACACGCACAGGGAAGGGCAGGGAAGGGAGGAGGAAGAGGUUUGAUAGAAAGGGAAAAUGGUGAACUCUAAAAAUGAUGAUGAAUAUUCGUCCUCCUCGUCAAUUUCUUCGGACAGUAGUGGCUCUUCCUCUUCCUCAUCCUCAUCCUCAUCAUCCUCAUCUUCAUCUUCAUCUGAGAUGGAGGAGCCAUGUGUUGGUGUUGGGGUUCCUAUGGCAGUCCCAGCGAAGAUGGCGAAGGAGGAGGAGGAUCGCCCCACCGCCGAGGAAUCAUCGUCCGCUCUUCUGUUUCACUUCGAUCCCGCCCAAAUGUUCAGCAUAAUCAAAAGGAGGGCGAUGCUGAAAGAGUUGGCAUCUUGUUAUCAUGCAGAAUGUCUAUCUUACCGUCAAGUACUAUUUGAACUUCAGGGGAAAUGGGAACAGGAACUCUGUACUUCAAGCCUUGUCCUUGACUGUGACGGAUCACCUGAAAUGCAUGGAAUUAGCAAUCCAAAAUCUUCCAGGGAGAAUCAAAUGCGCAUGGAGAUUGCGCAUACACCUUUGCAGAAAACAAAGCACAUGUCAAGCGUCGUUUCAGUCUCUAAUGAUGAUGUUUCAGCUGAUAUAAUGGAGAACUCCACAGGUGCUUCAAAUGCUCCAUUACGUAGGCAUUCAGAAUGGAAUAAUAAAGAGCGUGAUGCUCUUCGACGUGGGUUGCUAAUGUUUGGGCUUGGGAGGUCUAAGAAAGUUAGGAGUGUUAUGCAGAGCAUGUUGAAACAAAUGCGCCAUGGUCUUGGGGAUAUUGCAGAUUGUUGUUGGGAGUUUGUUCGGCUUUGUGGACUGAAUGCAGAUGAAAAAGAACGCUCUUAUGCAGAAAAGUUGUAUGAAAAGUCCAAGGAUUUGGGCAUUGAGGUUGGAGCAGAAAUCAGUUCCCGUGUUGGUCUUUGGGACAGAAUUGAAAAAUUAGCUUCAGUGUGGCUUAGGAGGCUUAUGCUUUUAGAUAGCCUUGGAAAUGUUCUCCGAUUGUGUGCAUCUAAAGAAACUCAGGAGGCAGCAUAUAAUGCGAUUGAUAAUUUAAAGGAUGGAGUUACUCCCUUUGACUGGUGGGGCAGAGAAGCAGACCUUGCUCUACUUUCUGGAGUUUAUAAACAUGGGUUUGGUAACUAUGAAGCUUUGCAGAAAGACCCACAGUUUGCGAGUGCUUUCAAACCUCCUGUACUUGGAACUCAAAUCUCUAAGUCAAAGGACCGAUUUCAUGUAGAGAAUGAUCCUGAAAAUCUAGCUUUGAGAGAGGGAGAUAAAUUUGCAUGGCCUGAGGCCAAUAUCCUCACUCGACGGCUGAGGCGUCUAGUUGAUCACAUUAGUCGCAUUGAGAAGGAGCAGUCUGAUACAAUUGGAAAGAACAUCAAAGAGAAACCCACUCGUGGGUGGACUAAGCGGGAAAAACUGGAGCUAGUAAAAAUUCUUAUGAUGUGGGGCUGUCCUCCGGCAAUGGAAGACAGUGCAAAUGCUCACUGGCAAUUUCUCAGGAACCAGGCAAGUAUGGGUCCACUGAAAAACAGGGAUGAGUCCAGUAUUGAGAACUGCAUAAAAAGUUUACGAAAAGAAAUGCAGCAAUUACUAGAAUCCUCAGACAGUCUUCAAGACAAGGAACAGAAAAACGCAUCUGAACCUGCUUCUGCAAUGCUCAUUGGGCCUAAAGUUCUUUCUUACAAAACAGCGGUACGUCUAAAAGAGAGGCUUGAACUGAUUGAUACUUUGAAGCAAGCAAUGAAUCUCUUACGAGAAGAUUGGGGUCAUUUAAGUCUGCCACUUAGUCAACGGAAUAAUAUGCCAUCUUGGUGGGAGGCAGGGCAUCAUGACAGAGAAUUGGUGAAGGGUGUAUUGGCACAUGGUUUUGGGAAUUGGGAAAUGAUAUUUGGAAACAACAAUUUGAGCUUCAGUAAUGCUUAUCCCAUUUCAGAAUCUGGUAGCCACCUUGAUCCUAAAGCUUGCAUGAAACGCCUCAGAUUCAUUGGUAGUAAUCUUCGUCGUCACCUCCGUAAGCUAAAGGCUCGGCGUAAGCGGAAUUUUGUUGAGGAUAAAGAGAAUGAAAUAACUGAAGAACCAAGGCGUUUCAAGCGCACCCGCCAUAUAGAAAUUCCUCGAACACCUGAUGGGAGGCCCGUUCUUCCACUUGCUCUAACUGAGCGACUCACCAUUUUGGAUCUUGGUACAAUUGAAUAUAAACGUGCUGGUUUUCAUACGGACCGACAUGUCUUUCCUAUCGGCUAUACUUCUAUGAGAAUUUAUGCAAGUAUGGUGGAUGGAGAACAACGGACUACAUACACUUGUACGAUUCGAGAUGGUGGAAGUGCAGGUCCAUUGUUUCGAGUAAUACCAGAUGACAGCCCUGAAACAGUUAUUGAAAGGGAUUCAGCAUCUGGUGCAUGGGCCAUUGUUGCUGGAGCUAGUAGUAAGAUUCGGGGAAUUGAACGUCAAAAGAUCACUAUCAGUGGAACUGAGAUGUUUGGCCUCUCACAUCCUAUGGUUAUUCAGCUUCUUGGCGAGCUUCCUGGAGCAGAAUAUUGCUCUACUUUCUGCCCUGAUUAUCCUAAUUUUGUCUCUCAAUCUCAAAGACAAUCAAUUGGCACUGGCACCUUAGCUAUUCCUUCAAUUCAAGAUGAUUCUGAAUCCAGAGACAGAGAUGGAGAAAGAGACAGUGAGGUGAAGAGAAAAUCAACUGGUAGCUUUCAGUCAGAGCAAUCAUCAUCUGAUUCAUCUGAGGAAUUAGAUUCAAGUGAUUCCUCUGUCGAUGGGGAAGAUUUGCACCAAGGUGUCACUUGCAAUUCAGAUAAGAUGGCUGAAGAAAAAAACCUGACAAGAAGAAAUUUGUUAUUGCCACCGUGCACUGCUAGCACCAGGGAAAGAUAUCUAGACAUAAAUGCAGAUCCAGAGGAAGAAGAGGAACUGGAAUCAUCAUAAUCAACUAGACAUUUUAUUUCAUCCUAGAAGCUUAUAAAUAGUUGUAUUUAUUUAUUGUAAUGGUGGCAAGCUGCAAGUUGCAGUCUUAUGUUCCGGCUUUCUCACCUACAAUGAUGUCAUAUAGCCACAGAUGAAUACUGAGUCAACCAGAAGAUUCAAUUUCAUCAUCAAAAUUGACUCAGGGAAUUGAUUAUUACUGCAAACCUAUCUGAUUUUUAUGUUUCCACUGCUUUUCCAUGGUUUUCUUGUAAUUGUAGCAGUUUCUCUCUAUCGGAGUUAUUAUGCUUGCCGAUAUAGUUACAAGGUCCAGAUUUUGGAAUAUUAGUGCUCUAAAUAUGUAUUUGUGGCCGCCACCCCAAUGCUUAGUACAUUAUCCAAUUUUCACAGAUUUUAAAAGAAGGAAAUUCCAUACAAAAUGGUAGUAUUAUUUUGGCGUUGUAGAUGACACAACGUCAAACCCUAUUUAAGUUCCUUGGAAUCUAAACUCUAUGCCACCAAUGAAUUAUUCUUUAAAUAUUGUAAGAUGGCAUAAUUUUGAACAUU